AUGCGCAUCCUUGUCUCACUUUCCUUCGGGGAGCUCAGUGGCUCAGUAAUUGAAUUUGGGGCAGGAGGCGUGGCUGAGGAUAAGAGCAGGACCCUGGGGAAAGGAUGCAUACCCCCAGGGCCGGUGCCACAGGGCCUGAUCCGCAGCUACAGCACGCUGUUCUGCUCCUGUGCGCUCAGGACGCGCCUUGUCCUCGGGGCCAAAGGCAUCCUACAUGAAGUUAUCAACAUUAACGUGAGAAACAAGCCUGAAUGGUACUACACAAAGCACCCUUUUGGCCAAAUUCCUGGCCUGGAGAACAGCCAAUGUCACCUGAUCUAUGAAUCAGUCGUCGCUUGUGACUACCUGGAUGGCACUUACCCGGGGAAGCAGUAGCCCCAUGAGCCUUAUAAGCGAGCUUGCCGGAAGAUGUUAUUGGAGCUAUUCUAUCAGGCCCCACAUUUGACCAAGCAGUGGCUGGUACCAUUGAGAUGUGGGAGACAGUGUGCUGAUCUGAAGCCAGCCCUGUGUCAGGAAUUCAGCUCUCUUGAAGAGAUACAAAAAGAGGCCCCUCUCCUGAUUCUUAGCUAUCAGAACACCAUCUUCUUUGGUGUAGACUGCAUAUCCAUGAUUGAUUAUCUCUUUUGGCCCUGGUUUGAACGACUGGAUGUAAAUGGAAUAGCUGACUGCGUGAACCACACCCCUGCUCUGAGGCUCUGGAUAGCAGCCAUGAAGCAGGACCCUGCAGUGUGUGCUCUUCUCAUGGAUAAGAGCAUUUUCCUAGGCUUCUUGAAUCUCUAUUUUAAGAACUAUCCUGAUGCCUUUGACUAUGGGCUAAGUUGCUGAGCCCCACGGUCCACCCCUUCACUAUCCAGAAUUCCCAAGCACAUCAUGAUUCUGCCUUAGAAAUUGCUUUGGUGGGUCAGUCCAUCUCUGUUCACUUUCUUUGAGGUCCCCAAUAAACAUGGACACAGAAAGUAUAUUCUUUCUGAGAAUCAUUUUUAUGACUCCUCUAGCCUAUAGCUUCCCGUGGUUCUCGAGAUAUCCCUAGUACCCAGUCCUAAUGUCCAGGUGCAUUGUGGGAGCCUGUUACCGCCCAGCUCUGUGGCCUUUGGCCCAGUUUGACCUCCAUUAUUGCUCCUGAUGCUGGUUUGGGCUUCAAGGCUUACCUAUCACUGAUGUUUGUCAUUAUAGAUUAGCAUCUUCCACAUUUUCCCUGGUAAGAGGAAGAAGAAAACACUCCAAGUCCGAAUACCCUCUGUCUGGCAGAGAAAAGCUGCAGUCCGCACGGGCAUGAAUGAGUAUCAUUUUUGUUCUCAGUUUGGCUGUGAGCCUGGGAGACACUGAGGGGCCCAUGACUGAAAGAAUUCCAAAGCAGGAAAUGAAACACCCGCUCCUCCCUGGACUAACUACGCCCGCAUUUCACUGGUUCUGUCAAGGCUCAGGAGGGCUCAUAAAAAGCACCACAGCCCACAUCCUGCCUUUAAAAACCAUACACC